UCCCUGCUCUUCGGAUCGGUGUCUGGAUUGCCGUUCGCUAUCCAAAUAUCCAGGCUAGUACGGUCAAGUUGCGUAUGUGUAUGUGCGCGCAGGUGUCUCCCUCGCUCUUGAUUCUCGUUGUUGGGUUAUACGUGGUAGAGUAUUGCGUGUAUAUAGGUGAACGGUGGCACGUGUAUGCAUGUGUUGGAGGUAUACACGCGUGUGCGUUUCCCGUUCCGCGAUUCGCGUAUCCCGAAAAGAUGGCCGCCAUGAAAGCGUACGGUUGUGAUGUUGACGUCGUUCACAGCAAGGCCGCGUCACGUCCUCGAAAAGCGUGAAAAGAAGGUGAUUAUUCGAAUGCUUCCACGACUCUCAUGGUGCUCUCUAACGAGAACGCGGUAUAGCGAGAAAGUAGUUGAUAAUUGGAAACGCGAGUGCGGUGUUCGUAGGAUCCCUCUCGCAGUGUUCGACGAAAACGACGAACAGAAGAGAGAAGAAAGAAGAGAGGGAGGACGAGCGAGGAACGUGCCCUGUAAGGGGUUGAAAGGAAUCGUAUGUGACAGAGAGAGGAGUGGACGAAUAGCUUGUCGAAGAGCGGAGGUAAGAAGAAAGGAAAGAAGAAAAGUAGGAAAGCGCGUGGAGAAUACAACAGGGUGAUACACGGAAGUUAGUGAUAGCUAGAGAAUCGCGGGUGGUUUAUGGUGUCGCGAGUGAAACAAAUGCGUGCUCGUCUUACGCGAACAAGCCUCUCUCUUGCCAACGAUAUCCCGGUCAACCUGUUUUUCGCAUUUCCUUUGGGCUGCCUUUUACGUGUGACUCGAAACAUUGUGUCAACGAGGGACGGCCAUAUUAAUCCGUAGCCCCCGCCGUCACACACAUAUUCCAACAAUCUUAACUCCUCGAGGUGGUGCCUCUAGUUUUACGAUAUUCGCUACAUUUUUAGUGCGUAUCCUAUGUUGCGACCAAUCCUCUCUUAACCGUGUCGUGUCGUAUCGUGCUGUGCUGUUCCGUGUAGUGUCCUACCGUGUCGUGUUGUAUCGUGUCGUAUCGUGUCGUGCCUUGCCUUGUAGCACCGUACCGUACCGUACGUAUCGUGUCGUGAUUCCUCGACUACUUGGAUAUACGCGUAAGAUAAUGUCCAGAUUUUCGCCGGAUGACAGUGCGUGCACCUAGUGCAUGGACGGUGGUACUAGUGCGUACGAGGAAUAUAAACGACCGCCACUACGUGAGUUCUAUGCCACCCGAUGUUCAUGUAUCGUUCCGAAACAACUCACCGGUUCUCCACCACUGUGUCUAUCCAGUUUACCAGCAGUACCACCCUUCCUAAAUUCUCUACUAUCCGCAGAAUGGUAGUGGUACAGCAGGCGCUGGAAUUCGGUUGGUAGUGGCGCGUCCCGACUGUGGAGACCACCCGGUGAGAGGAGCAGGAGAAAACCCGGGAUAGCCGGGUGAAGCGAGAAAGAAAAGGAGGCGGAGGUGGUGGCGGAGGAGGAGGAGGAGGAGGAGGAUAGAGGAACAACUUUGCGGAGGGGACUGACAGUGACCAAACGGAAGAAAGAGAGGAAGAAAAUAGGCAGCGGGAAGGGGAAGGGAAAAGGAGAAGAAAGAGAUAGAAAGUUCGGUCUCGUAGAAGGACAUCGUCCACGGAUCUUCCGGUAAUUCAGGAUAUCGAACCUUGAAGCUGCGAAGGUCGCUGAUGUCCGCUACGAGCCCUGCCCCUACCCCUGCCAGCUCAGCGUCAUCCUCAGCUCAGAGCGGAGGAAAAAGGUCCUCGCUGUCAUCGACGCGGAGGAAAAUCCCGUCGCUCGUUAGCCUAGGCCUUGAUCGAAGAAGAAGGGAGAUCUUUUACCAGUGUCUCGACGACCACCACGCGUUCUCUCGACCGAAACUUCAGUAUCGUUGCUGCUGUAUCGCCGAUCAGCACGACCACCCCUCUGAAUGUCUUCGCACAUCCAAAAGUCGUGCGUGGUGAGGACACAGGGGCUUGAAGCGACAUUGAGUGACAGCAAAAAGAAGUACGGCGACAAGGUGAAUGCACUUCUGUCCGCCUGGGAGCAUGUCACCAAUUUCAUUCCUGGGGCAACGCCAGAGGCCACCCAGUCUCUCAUAGAAUGGGCUCACAAACACACGUUGAAAUUGGUACUGCGCGGGGAGUGGCCGAAGUUGUCACCCGCGACGAAGACGCACCUCAGUGUAACGUUACAGAGGUGCGCGUCACACCUGGUGCAACACCCCGCUGCACCCAGGUGCACUGCCCUGAUAGCUCUGGUGCACAAUCCAUGGACUCAUCCAGCUCUCGACAGCAUACUUAACGGCCAACCGGAUUCCGAACAUGAAGAGGAGUUCUGCUGUUCGGAGAAAGGUGAACUGCUGACAAUGAGGCUGAAAAUACUUUGCGAGGACCGCUGCGAGGACAUAGCGGUAAAACUCGCCGCUGCUUGCGUACGUUCUCUGCGACGGAGCGAUCGGUUGCGCUCACUCUCGGAUUCUCAUCACGUUCAUUACAUGAUCGACGUUUAUAUCGUCCUCUUGUAUAAAUUGAAACGCACGCAAGAUAUAUUCGCUCAACUAAAAUUAAUGGACCUGAGCGACGGAUUGGAAUUGGUCCAACGUCUCAGUGGUGAAAGACCGACAAAGUAUGGAACUGCACGCGUUUGGAGAAAUUCGAUAAAAGCUGCCGAAUUGGUUGCACAAUAUCUCGUUACAGCUGGUAUGGUACGCCCUGUACCGGAAACGGGCGCAAACGUUUUGGAACAAAUUCUAAACUCCUGGGCAUUGUUGCAUUCGAAAUUAAAAGACGUAGCACCUACGUUGCCGGGGAUGAUAAGGAAAUUAAUCGAACCCGCUGAAAGUGCUCAGCACAUUUAUAUCUUUUGCGCGGUACUCGUUAAACACUUUGGCGAUAGCAUAAAGCCCGUGGUAAUCGAAUUGUAUAUCAGAGCGUUGACCACGGAUAUGAACGAAUUGGAGAGUCAAAAAACAAAAUCCGAUACGGAGAAGGUUCGCGAGACUGCGAAACGCCUGAGCAUGCAAUUCCUCAAGUUAGCCGAUGUGGUUGGUAGCAAUAUCGGUAUUGCCCGAGAGUGCGUGUUGACAGCGUUUUCUCUGCAUCCUACCAGGGCUUGUUAUGAUAGGAUCAAGGAAAUCGCUGUUGCGUGCGGAAAAACGAAAGAGGAUGGAACCUCCAGUGAUAACAACGUGGUCGCCGGUAGCGAGAAACUAAGCCACAUCCUUGAGAAUAGUCAUUCUAACAUAGGAUUAAAAAAGAUCGAUAGCAAUACAGGAGAAAAGAACGGAACAAAAGUGGCGAAUACGGAUUCUUCGUCUUUAUGCAACUCUUCGUUAUUUCCAGUGUCGCCGUCGUUGUCCGGUUCGAUCGCGGGUAUAACAACGCCAACGAAAAAGAAUAUCGACUUCCAAAACGGGCAAGUAACGAAGAACUUUGAGCGAACGGAUCAACUAUUAAAGAGCCUUUUAACUCUGAAAAAGGGAGAUACGACGAACUCGGCAAGCGACAGGUGUCCUUUGCAUCCAAAGAGGGAUUCAUUGUCCAAUGGUCCACUCGGAGAACUUUGCUUCAAUUGCGGAGAGUUUAUUGGCAACGAUAUCUCGAGGAGUAAGACUCCAGAAUCGAACAAUAUGAACUCUAGAAACGUGGAAAGAACGCUCGAUGCUUUAAUUCUGAUCAAAGGCGACGCUGUCACGGGUUCUGCGAAUUACGACGAAAAAUCCGUGCCAAAUCAAGUGCUAGACGCGGAAAAACUCGGUCUGUCGCCACAGCUUUGCGACGACUUGGCCGUGGUUUUGAGCAGUCCUCGUUACCACAUGCUUAGCUGGGUUUUGGAUUGGAAGGAGCUGAAAAGUCUGUGCGAGAGAUACUUGGAAAAUGCCGAAGAGAUGAGAAAUACCAACAAGGAGCUGAAAUACCUCAAUAUCGAUUAUUCCCAGUUUAAAGAUUGGCCCUCGGAAGACGAUACCAAGGAUAUCUUUUUUGGAAUCGAAAAAGGAUACGAACAAUGGGUGGAUUUACCUUCGGAUGGCUCGGAACAGUUUGGUAGCUUCCAGCCUGCUGGUAGCUUCAAGAGAUCGUCGACGAGAAGAAGCCUCGAUGACGCUACCACUACCGAUUCGGAUAGCGGAAGUGUAUUACAAGCAAGGAGAACAGCGAAACAGAGAAAAAUUCAUAGAUUAGAAUCUUCCGAAAGCGACUAUGACAGCACGGAACGUAAACCGAAACAUUUUAGGAAUAGGAUCAGUUCGAUCUCUGAUACCGACAGUAAUACGCAGGACAGUCAAACGGACAGCUUUGGCAGCAACGGAUGUCGACUGGAGGUAAAGAAAAAGUCGAAUAAAUCGUCCAAUAAGGAGUCGAGUAAGAAACGUUCGAAAUCAUCAAAAUUAACCGUCGAUUCCGUCUCGCAUUUUCAUAUGCUCGUUAACGAAAACGUUCGACAUACAAACACGAACGAAGACGCGAGCGGUUCCGACGUAAGUGGCAACGAUAUUAUAACUUUAUUUUCUGCCGACAUGGAUGAAAACAAACGUGAAACGAUAAAAGGUUCGACGUACACAGCAACCGCGCCGUUAAUACUUACAGAGAGAAGGAGCGACCCAGCGGUACUUAAAUCUUUGAGGAUGUUCAGGCCGCAAAAUUCGAAGAAAUCUGCCAGGAUUUCUCAGAUACUGCACAAGAAUCUUCUAAAUAAGAGUAAAGACAAUAAUAACUUAGAGAAUAAUACGAACAGUAUAACGAAAUUUGCUCCGAUGCUCAGCACGCUCAACCUGAACCCGAAGAUCGUAUUAACCAGGGCGGACGAGAUCGACAACAAACUGAUACGAUCGAAAAAGCAGCAACGAUUGAGUAGCGGCGAUAUUACGAGCGAGCUGAUGAACAUUCAGAAGAAUAUGCCGUUCUCUCCGAACAAAAACGCGUUAUCCCCGUAUCAGAAACAAAAAGGAAACGGAGCAGCGAUCGCUGGUAAAACUGACUUAUCUCCUACUGGUGGACGAGACUUAAAUUCUAAAUCGACCUUGGGCAAAAGAAAGUUUGACAUUCUCGCGAAGGUUGUCAGGGAUUCGGAUAUCUUGGCAAAAAAUGUACCCGGUCUAAAUUCAUUGGAUAUGAUGGUGCCGCCAAGAAUGCGACCCACCGUAAACGUCGUGCAACUUUCAAGAAACAUUCCACAGAGUCCGAAUUCGGGCUCCAUCAACAGCGGAAAUACUCCCCCGCGGCCAAACAGAACUCCCAGCGUGGCUGGAAGUAUUCAAUUACCCGGUACACCCUCUUCCGGGGGGCACGAUAGCGGCGUUGGCAUGAGUCCGGCUGGUCAAACCCCUCCCUCGAGAUCGUCGAUUCUUCCCGAUGUCGGUGAAGAGACGAAUCAACUACCCGAUAGUUCGCCAACCUCUUCUACGACCACGAACGUUUCCGGUCAACUCGAGCCCGAUACGAGUCCUAGAACGAUGCCCAUUCGACGAACUCAACAGAGUCAAUCGCCCAAGAAAUCCCCGUCUCCUUGUUCCACGGUCGCUACUACCACGACGACGAGCUCGGUAGUCGCCUCGACGACCAUCGCAUCGGAACAGCUACAAAUCGUUUGUAAACCAGAUGGUACAUACCAGUUGGCCUCUGUAAAUCCGAACGUAGUGUCCAAUCAGAGGAACGUCCUCAAUCUGCAGAACAUCGACGAUGGAAACGUUGGUAAUUUUUCGCGGCAAAACCAAAGAGCCGAUAACGCAAACGCAAACAGGAGUACGUACGAGAGAUUAACGUCUGCGAAAGUGACGGCGCAGUCUGGACAAAACACCGGUUUGCCCAAAUUUCAGCAAGCUUUCGGCAAAACUAUAUAUACGCUUUCCAAGGACACGUCGACGGGCGGCGUAACCGGCGCCUCGUCGGAAACGCACGUGCAGACGGCGUCCCCGCAGAAGACGACAAACCUAUCGAAAGCGGUACAAACAUCCGUACCUAAUGCACAACAAACGAACGCGUCUACAGGUAUAAACGUACAGUCCAUUGCAAACAUUCCAAACACGUUACAAUUAUCCACUGGCAGGCAAAUCUUGAAUAUCGUCCAAAGCUCUGGAAAUAACCCAAACGUAGCGUCUAGUCCGAAUACGAAUCAAACGUUGACGCAGCUAGUACAAAGCGUUCAGAAUUCUUCGCCGGGUGUGAUAUACACGCACAAAAUUCCUGUUACUAUAUCCACCACAAAUCCCAGUCAACUGAACAUUUUACCGACUAUAUCGCAUUCGAAUUCGAUACCACCUGGAAGAACACCGGUGGUCAAGUUGAACAUCAUUCGCACUCCUUUGAGGCAACCAAACAUUACCGGAGCUAUUCAAGCAGUUUUGGCCACGCCAAGAUUACAGCAGCAGCAGCAGCAGCAGCAGCAGCAGCAGCAGCAACAACAACAACAACAGCAGCAGCAACAACAACAGCAGCAGCAGCAGCAGCAGCAGCAGCAGCAGCAACAACAACAGCAGCAGCAGCAGCAGCAACAACAGCAGCAGCAGCAGCAACAACAACAACAGCAGCAGCAGCAGCAGCGGCAGCAACAACAACCACCACCACAGCAACAACAACCAAGGGUUAGGACAAACAAUUUGCUUGGAUCUCCUAUAGAGGUACCGAAUCAAGUCAGUUCAACCACUUUGGAACAAUUGAGAGAAUUCGAAAGCGUCCUGGAGCAAGUGAAAGAGAGGAGUACGAUUCAACCGCAGUCUCAUCAACCGAUAUCCACCGCAUCCACUACCACCGUACAAACUCAAACCACUACGCAACAAACGCAAGCUACCAAACCACAGCAGGUUUCUGUGAGCGCUCUCACUCAACAGCUUUUGAUGCCGACGCAGCAAACAACCAACAACAAUUUUGCGAGCAACGGCAACACGGUAAAUUUUCAACAGGACGUUUUCUCUCAGAAAGUUUCUCUAACCUACGUAAAUCAAAACGCAGGCUCCGUUGCCACGAAAACCCCAAAUUCGACUCCGGUCGUUGUUGUGACCAGCUACUGUCAACCGGUGGCUUCGCCCGCUCUCAGUGUCACUUCGCAAAGUUCUUCCAGCCCGUGCGUCACCCCGGCUCCGACUCCUGCACCAUCCGCUGGGAAAACGCCUCCCACUCCACCUUCAUCGAAAACGGUGAAAAAAACGGCGCCCAAGACGGUGAAAACCAGCGCGACGAACACGUCGAAGGCUUCGCCGAUACCGAAGCCGCAACAAAAGCCACAGGAAGACGAACAGACCGCUCAAAGAAUCUACGCUAUAUUAGACGAGUACGCGGAGCAAUUGCGAAACUCUCCCGAUCUGAACAAUAAACCCGCUCCGAGGAGAAGAUCGAAUCCACCAACGAAUCCGAAUCAAUCUUCGAAGAGGAAAAAGUCGAAUGCGAGCAAAACGAAACCCAGUAAUCAACAGAGUUCGGAACUUAGCCCGAGUACAGACGAUCUUGGAAGAACAAUGGGCAGCGAGGAUUCUUCGAGCGGCGUUGUUCACGUGCAAGACAGUCCUGCUGGUUUCUCCGCUCCGGAGGAACCGUCCACUAACGUUGGAACCGUGACGGAUGCAACUGCCGAAAUUAGAAACCUGACGAACGAUUCGAACGACAGUGUGGAAUUAAACGUUAAGAGACGAAAUCUGAUUUUCGCGGAACCUGGUUCCGGACAAUCGAGAGCGGUGAUCGUUCAGGAAGCUGUGCAGGCUGGUUCCGUGAGCGUCAGCGAAGCUCUAGCUUCGGUAACGGGAAAGAUGGGAAGCACAGCAGUCUUGGUCCCUGGACCUAAUUACAUAUUACCGAUGAACCUAGUGAAAGGUCAGCAAUUCACGAUAGUAUCCAGCGGAUCGAAGCUUCUUGCAACGAUGCCCGCAACCGUACGAGCUACUGGAAACACCGGUGUAUCAAAUGCUCUCGUGCUUCAAUCCUUUCUGAAUCAAGCAGGGAAAAUAAUCUCGCAACCGGGACAAGUCAAGCAAGUUAAAAUACCAACGCUGCAGACUCUGUCGGGCAAUCAGACUCUGACCACGACGCAAAACGUUCAGGGUGCGUCGGUGGUCAUUCCUCAUAGUGGAAAUCAUGCUCAAUUUACGAGCGACGUAAGUACAGAGAAGGGUAACAUCAUCGGUGACUUGACUAUGACGAAAUCCGACACGGUGACUGGAGGAGUUACCGUUGAAUCCGCGACGAACACGAUCGUCGUCAACAAGAGCAAUUCUACGAUCGGUCUGAUACAGCGUAACUUGAACGAACCGUCAGAAAGCCAACCGAUAUGCGGCGUGAUCACCAGCAAUCCUAAUUUAACUCUUCAAGGCGCCAGACUGUUCAACUCCUCUAUACACAAACUGACGACGCCGGGUCUCAAGUCUGACAACGUAGUGUGUAUAACGCCAACAGCUACGAUCGCCCAUAGCCCAGAAAAGAAGUCACCGCAAGAAAGUCAAAUGCACAACGACAAACCUGUCUCCAUUCAAACGAGUGCAACGAUUGCUCUCGCCUUCGCCACUCAGUCCGAUGUUUCCUUGUUGAACGACGCUCAACAACAUCAGCAGCAGCAACCACAACAACAACAACAACAAAAGGAUAUGAAGGAAAUAUCAGCGGAAAUAAUCCCUGGUGCCAAGAUCAUCUCCCCGAAAACAGUCAAGAGAAAAAUCGACGACGCAAUGGGUAUGUCGGAGAACGUUCCGAAAACCUUGAUCACUUCCAACUCUGUCGUUCGUUCGAGCAAUGCCACACCAUUACAGAGUAACGAAAAGAUUGACUCUAUGUCGACGAUAACGGUUGCGAGUAAACAGUCUGGUGGAAUGGACCACGCGACGCAGUUCCUGGUAACCGGUGGACCAAGUAGUUCGGAUAGUCAAGAAUCUGCUGUCCAACAGUCUGCCGAUGGUAUGGAGGUAUCGUGCAAGAUCGGAAACGGCUUACUAUAUGGAAACGCGCGAUUGCAAGAAGCUUGGGAACCAGAGGGUAAAGUGUCGCCCGAUACACCUUGGCGAUACGUUCCUACGUCUGUGAAUUCUUUAAGUAUGGAACCAUUAAAUCCAAGAUACUCGGAUAAUUCAGAGAACGUUCAAAGCGUUCUGCAGAUCAUCAAUAAAGGUCAAGGUAUCGAGAUGGCGAGUGGACAGAUUUACCAAACGAACGCGAAAAAGUACUUUAUGAAUCAUACGUUAGAACCAUUCCAGCAAUACUCGAAUAAGAGCAACAUGAUGAAAACGCCGUUAAAUCCUAGAUUAGAUCGAGAAUUGUUACAACAAAAGAUGGAGAGAAAAGCAGCCGCCAUAGAACGCGAGAUGAAGCUACAGAAAAGUUUAUCGGAGGAGUGCGAAGACUUGGGCGUGGACGAACCGAGCACCAGCGACUUGUUCCCAGAGGCAGAUUUAUUGUUCGAUACGAAUCAUUCUCCAUCGUUCGAUCAUUCGUCUCAGGACGCAUCCUGCAGUCAGCCGCUGGGUAUGAAAUCUUACGGUGGUUCCUAUUUUCGUUCGUUAGAUUCGUCAAGCGGUAGCAGAGACGCCAGUCCCAUUGCCGAUUUUAAGCUGAACGAACGUAGAAAAAGUAGCAGCCAGCGAACCAGAUCCGCGAAAGAUUCUUUCAAGAAAUUGAAAAGAGACAAGAUAGACGAUCUACAUUUAGAAAAUCCGUCGAAGCACAUGCGGCUAACAUUGGAUAAUUUAAGUCAGGACGAAGCGUCGAACAGUAAUUCCGAUAUCUCGAGAUUAUCACCGACGAAUCUGGGGUCGUUGGAGAACGAUUCGUUGAAGGAUACGGGUCGGACAAAAAUGAUGUCAAGAAACGGUUCGAAGGAAGGUUCGCCUAGUAGCGUAUCGAGCAUUCCAUCGAACAUGAAAUUGGAUAUCGACUUGGAUUCGGAAUCGCUACCCCCAAGCAUCAAUGUAAAUAAUACCUCGGCAGCAAGCUCGGGGGACGAAAGUUUAACCUUGCUGAGCGGUAACACCGCCGAUGUCACGAUACCUUCGCCACUCUCGCCGAUCGCUGGUCCCAUGCUAUCGACGCACAAGUAUACCUAUACCAAUAAGAAGCGAAUUCCGUCGAAGGUGACGAGAAUGGAUUAUCUUUCUUGGGAGAGUCCAAUGUCGGAGAGAAUGAGAUCGAGCAGCGACGAAGAGGAUUCUAGUAUAAGCGAAUCGAUCAGCAGUCAAGCGGAAGACAACGCUCUGAGCAACGGACUCGAGGAUAGUGUACAAAGUCUCAAGUCUCUGUCGAACGAGCGACGCUGCAAUUAUCUAAAAAAAAAAGAUACAUUACAGGUGAAUUCAAGAGUAGUAUUUAAUCGUGCGGAUCAUAAGAGUAGUCUGUCGAAGCGUAUCAAGUUGAACGAGUCGAUCCAAGAUUCGGCUAUGCUUUCCAGUGACAAGGCCUCUGAGCCCUCGGACGACGAAACGGGCAAUAUCGCUUUGAUCGAGCCGGACUGUCGAGCUAGACGGUCGAGUUUACGCGGACACGUUAAAAAGGGAUGUGCCUGUUGCAACGGAUCGCCGGAAAGACCCAAGAAGAAAUCGGUCAAGCCCGAACAUUCGAGAUUAAAGAAGCGACUGCCCUCGAAGCAAGCUGGAAAGAAAAGGUAGUCCUAGCGUUCGAACGCUCCACGGAGCAUCGCGUGUUCGAUCUUAAUGGUGUACGCUCGUGCCUGGCGACAUGUGUCCAGUGACAAAGGAGCUUCCAAAUGUACGGGCGUCGUACUCUCGUAGUUGCUACGAGAACCACACGAAACCUACAACUGACAGCCGGAAAGCGCAUCGAUGGGAAACCAGGUCGCGUAUGUAAUUCGCUGAUCGAAUGAUGAAAUACGCAAAUUACAUACUUGUAUAUAAUAUAUUAGCGAAUACGGGAGUUGUUAGAGACGAACUCUUAUCAUACACCGAUAACUCGGAGUGCGUCGGUUCUCGAUACAGCGUAAACACUGAUCCCGUUUCAUCUAUGAGAGAGCAAUGGAAAGAGAGAAUAAAUAGAAAGAGCGAGCGAGAGAGAGAGAGAGAGAGAGAGAGAGAGAGACAUAAGAAGCGAGCAGUUUAUUAGCAAUUCUCGAGGUAUAGGGCAUCCUCUUACCACUAGAUGUUAUUAUGAUAACUAGAUGUAAGAUGCAAAUUAUAAUGAAUGGCAAACAAAUAAAGUAAAUCUUUAAGGAUAUUAGAGACGCAAUCUAGUCAAAAGAUAAAGAAAUUCGUGUCGAGAAAUAAGCGUGCUCGAGAAAGCGAGAAUGAGCGAAAUAGUGUGAGCGCGAGAUAGAAAAGUAUAAAUGAGAAAGUAGCGGAGGAAACACGAGUAAGGGGAGAGAGAGAGCGAGAGAGAGAGAGAGAGAGAGAGAGAAAUAAGCGUAUCCGACUGUCGAUAGAUCCCUCGCAGACUAAAGAAUUUAUAAUUAAAAGCCUGAAUUUAUAACUCUGUCUACUGUAUCUAUCAUGACGAUACUAUUCCACGUUCUUCUACAUGGUGUGGUCAGACUGAAUAGACGAAUUAAUCUAUAGAUCUCGGUAAAUUAAUGUAGUAAAACAUGCAUUUUGAAGUUUUUGCCUUUCCGCGUAACGCUUCUCGAUAACUUAGAACCUUCACUUUAUAAUCGAGAUGAUUCUUGUAAAUUGUAGUGUCAUACCUUUGUGCAAGGGAAUAGUGGCGAAAUGGUUAAAUGGAUGAAUAAUAAUAAUAA